CAAAACGGAGAGAGUUAAUCUGCCUCUUCUACAGCAGCUAAACAAACGUUUUCACCAAAAACCAGAUAAAAACCCAAACGCAUGCAUGAUGCAUUCAUUCAGCACUAUUUAAACCCGCCUCCCGUUUCAUCAAUCUUCUACAAAUCACCAGUUUCAGGCUUCUUCCUACCACUCAAAAUCGUCGCAGAAAAAAAACAAAAAAAUAUGGGGGAAGAACAUUCAUCCAGGGAAUUCUCCGGCGGUGAUAUUCAUGUUGUUAUGUUCCCAUUUUUCGCCUUUGGUCACAUCAGCCCAUUUGUCCAAUUAACCAAGAAACUCUCCUCUCAUGGUGUUAAAAUCUCUUUCUUCUCAGCUUCCGGUAACGUCAACCGCAUCGAAUCGAUGCUUAAUCCAAAUCCCACCACCCAAAUCAUCCCUCUGACUCUCCCGCCGGUGGAGGGUCUUCCCCCGGGACUCGAAAGCACCGCAGAUCUUUCCCCUUCUCAGGCGGAGCUCCUUAAGGUGGCUCUUGACCUCAUGCAGCCCCAGAUCAAGGCAAUCUUAUCAGAGCUCAAACCCCAUUUCGUGGUUUUCGAUUUUGCUCAAGAAUGGCUCCCUCCUUUAGCUUCUGAAUUGGGCAUCAAAACGGUGUUUUACUCUGUUUUCGUUGCUCUGUCCACCGCUUACCUCACCUCUCCGGCGAGGAUUCCCGACGAAUCACCCAAAAGGUAUCCGACCCUCGAAGAAUUGUUAAAACCUCCGCCUGGAUUCCCCAAUACCUCCAUCACUUCGGUGAAAACUUUCGAAGCUCGAGAUUUUCUGUAUUUGUACAAGAGCUUCCAUGGCGGCGCCACCGUGUACGACCGUGUCCUCAGGGGACUGACGGGCUGUGACGUCAUCCUUGCGAAGACGUGUAAUGAAAUGGAAGGCCCAUAUGUUGACUUCGUAAAGAAACAGUUCAACAAGCCGGUUCUUCUAGUGGGUCCUGGAGUUCCGGAUCCCCGGCCCGAGCCUCUGGAGGAGAAAUGGGCUAAUUGGCUGGCGAAAUUCGAGCCCAAAUCUGUCAUAUACUGUUCAUUCGGGAGUGAAACGUUUCUGAGUGAUGCCCAGAUGAAGGAACUGCUUCUUGGGUUGGAUCUCACCGGUCUUCCUUUCUUCGUCGUCUUGAAUUUUCCGGCCAACGUGAACGUAUCGGAAGAGCUAAACAGAGUCCUUCCGGAUGGGUUUUUGGAGAAGGUGAAGGAUAAGGCCGUGAUUCACACUGGUUGGGUCCAACAACAGCAGAUUCUGGCCCACGAGAGUGUGGGCUGUUACGUUUUCCAUGCAGGCUUUAGCUCGGUGAUUGAGGCCAUCGUGAAUGAUUGCCAGUUGGUGUUGUUGCCCAUUAGAGGGGAUCAGUUACUGAACUCUAAGCUGGUUUGUUGUGAUCUGAAAGCUGGGGUGGAGGUUAAUAGGCGAGAUGAAGAUGGGUAUUUUGACAAAGACGACAUAAAGAAGGGUGUUGAAAAUGUGAUGAAGGACAUUGACAAAGAACCAGCCCAAUCCAUUCGGACUAAUCAUUCAAAAUGGAAGGAGUUUCUUCAGAAUUCUGAUAUCCAGAAGAAAUUCAUAGAUGAUUUGGUGAAGGAGCUGAGACAAAUUGUCAAAGUGUGAUGAUGUGCAAUUUGUGUUUUUGUUUUGUGUUUUUUUGUUGUUGUUUUUGUAAUCUGCAACUUUUUUUCCUUUUUUUUUUUUCUGGCCUCCAGGUUUUGGCUAAUGAUGUGAACAUUAAUUAGUAAUAUUAGUUUGUUGGGUCAUGCUCGAGUGACAUUUCCUGGUUAAAACAUUAGUAGUACGGAGUUUUUGUUUGUUGGUUGAUCGUGCUUGAGUAACAUUUCCA